GCCCCGGGCACUCCGGGCCCACCCCGCGCCAGGCAUGCUGAGGGUCUUCAUCCUCUACGCCGAGAACGUCCACACCCCUGACGCCGACAUCAGCGAUGCCUACUGCUCUGCCGUGUUUGCAGGGGUUAAGAAGCGAACCAAGGUCAUCAAGAACAGCGUGAACCCCGUGUGGAAUGAGUUUCCACAUACACGCCACGCCAACAGGGAUUCCGACUCCACACGGGUCCCCGCCACGUACAGCAAGCAGAGCUGCUCCCCGGGGCCCCUGGACCUCGCCAUCCUGGGGGCAGAGGGCCUCCUCUCCCCCCUCCGAGUCGGGGCCCUGCUGGCCAUGGCUGGGGCCAAGGCCUCUGAUGGCAGUGGUGGGCUGAGGGAAGCUGUGGGAAUGAACGUUGAAAAGGAGCAAGGAAGGUUCCUGGGAGAAGCCAAGGUUCCACUCCAGGAGGUCCUCGCCACCCCCAGCCUGUCUGCCAGCUUCAACGCCCCGCUGUUGGACACCAAGAAACAGCCCACUGGGGCCUCGCUGGUGCUGCAGGUGUCCUACACGCCACUCCCUGGAGCCGCACCCCCGCUCCUGCCUCCACCUCCUUCAGAGCCCUCCCCGACUCUGCCUGACCUGGAUGGGGGAGCUGGACCCAGCCAGCGGCGGGCCUGGGAGGGCAGCCUGUGUGGCGUUCAGGUUGCCAGGUGGGCAGGCGAGUUCCACAGUGGGCCAGUAGGGGUCAUGUCUAUGGGGGAGCGUCUGGAGACUGACAUGGUUCGGGUCCAGGUGAUCGAAGGCCGCCAGCUGCCCGGCGUGAACCUCAAGCCCGUGGUCAAAGUCACGGUGGCCGGGCAGAGCAAGCGCACACGGAUCCACAAGGGAAACAGCCCCCUCUUCAACGAGACGCUCUUCUUCAACGUGUUCGACUCGCCGGCCGAGCUGUUUGAUGAGCCCAUCUUUAUCACGGUGGUGGAUUCCCGCUCGCUCAGGACAGACGCCCUCGUCGGGGAGUUCCGGAUGGACGUGGGGACCAUCUACCGAGAGCCCCGACAUGCCUAUCUCAGGAAGUGGCUGCUGCUCUCCGAUCCUGACGAUUUCUCCGCUGGGGCCAGAGGCUACCUCAAAGCAAGCCUUUGUGUGCUGGGGCCUGGGGACGAAGCUCCUCUGGAGCGGAAAGAUCCCUCUGAAGACAAGGAAGACAUCGAAGGCAACCUGCUCAGACCCACGGGUGUAACCCUUCGCGGAGCCCAUUUCUGCCUGAAGAUCUUCAGGGCGGAGGAUUUACCACAGAUGGAUGACGCGGUGAUGGACAACGUGAAGCAGAUCUUUGGCUUUGACAGUAACAAGAAGAACUUGGUGGACCCCUUCGUGGAGACCAGCUUUGCAGGCAAGAUGCUCUGCAGCAAGAUCCUGGAGAAGACGGCCAACCCUCAGUGGAACCAGAGGGUCACGCUGCCGGCCAUGUUCCCCUCCAUGUGUGACAAGAUGAGGGUUCGUGUCAUAGACUGGGACCGCCUCACGCACAAUGACAUCGUGGCCACCACCUACCUGAGUAUGUCCAAAAUCUCUGCCCCUGGAGGAGCAAUCGAAGACGACCCUCCAGGUGUGGUCAAGCCUCCUCAAGCCACCGACCUGGAUGACCACCUGGGCUUCCUCCCCACCUUUGGGCCCUGCUACGUCAACCUCUACGGCAGCCCCAGGGAGUUCACAGGCUUCCCAGACCCCUACGCGGAGCUCAACAUGGGCAAGGGAGAAGGUGUGGCCUACCGCGGCCGGCUCCUGCUUUCUCUGGAGACCAAGUUGGUGGAGCACAGCGAGCAGAAGGUGGAGGACCUCCCUGCAGAUGACAUCCUCCGGGUGGAGAAGUACCUCCGGAGACGCAAGUACUCCUUGUUUGCUGCCUUCUACUCGGCCUCCAUGCUGCAGGAUGUGGACGCCGCCGUCCAGUUCGAGGUCAGCAUCGGGAACUACGGGAACAAGUUCGAUGCCACCUGCCUGCCGCUGGUCUCCACCACGCAGUACAGCCGGGCUGUCUUCGAUGGCUGCCACUACUACUACUUACCGUGGGGCAACGUGAAGCCCGUGGUGGUGCUCUCCUCCUACUGGGAGGACAUCAGCCACAGGGUCGACACGCAGAACUGGCUGCUCAGGAUCGCCGACCGCCUGGAAGCCAGUCUGGAGCAGGUCCACCUGGCCCUGAAGGCGCAGUGCUUGAGCGAGGACCUGGACUCCCUGGUGGUUCAGCUGGUGGAUGAGCUCAUUGCUGACUGCAGCCAGCCCCUGAGUGAUGUCCGCCAGAUACCCUCAGCCACCCACCUGGACCAGUACCUGUACCAGCUGCGCACCCGCCACCUGAAGCAGAUCACGGAGGCUGCCCUGGCCCUGAAGCUCAGCCUCAGGGAGCUCCCCGCUGCCCUGGAGCAGGCCGAGGAUUGGCUCCUGCGUCUCCGGGCCCUCGCAGAGGAGCCCCAGAACAGCCUGCCUGACGUCAUCAUCUGGAUGCUGCAGGGAGACAAGCGUGUGGCGUAUCAGCGGGUGCCGGCCCAUGAGAUCCUCUUCUCCAGGCGUGGCGCCAGCUGCUGCGGCAAGAACUGUGGGAAGCUGCAGACGAUCUUUCUGAAAUAUCCGAUGGAGGGAGUGCCUGGAGCCCGGAUGCCGGUGCAGAUUCGGGUCAAGCUCUGGUUCGGGCUCUCUGUGGACGAGAAGGAGUUCAAUCAGUUUGCAGAGGGGAAGCUCUCUGUCUUUGCUGAAACCUAUGAGAACCAGACCAAGCUGGCCCUGGUUGGGAACUGGGGCACCACGGGCCUCACCUACCCCAAGUUUUCUGAUGUCAUGGGCAAGAUCAAGCUACCCAAAGACAGCUUCCGGCCCUCGGCUGGCUGGGCCUGGGCUGGGGACUGGUUCGUGUGUCCGGAGAAGACUCUGCUCCAUGACGCUGAUGCCGGUCACCUGAGCUUCGUGGAGGAGGUGUUUGAGAACCAGACGCGGCUCCCCGGGGGCCAGUGGAUCUACAUGAGCGACAACUACACGGAUGUGAACGGGGAGAAGGUGCUGCCUAAGGACGACACCGAGUGCCCCCUGGGCUGGCGGUGGGAAGACGAAGAGUGGUCCACGGACCUCAAUCGGGCUGUGGAUGAGCAAGGCUGGGAGUACAGCAUCACCAUCCCCCCGGAUCGGAAGCCCAGGCACUGGGUCCCUGCCGAGAAGAUGUACUACACACACCGGCGGCGGCGCUGGGUCCGCCUGCGCCGGAGGGACCUCGACCAGAUGGAAGCCCUGAGGAAGGGCGGCACGGUGGAUGAUCGGAGUGAAGACCCCGCCUCUGUCUCCACCUUGAGCUUCGGUGUGAACAGACCCACCAUCUCCUGCAUCUUUGACUAUGGGAACCGUUACCAUCUACGCUGCUACAUGUACCAGGCCCGGGACCUGCCCGCUAUGGACAAGGAUUCUUUUUCUGAUCCCUACGCCAUUGUCUCGUUCCUGCACCAGAGUCAGAAGACGGUGGUGGUGAAGAACACCCUGAACCCCACCUGGGACCAGACACUCAUCUUCUAUGAGGUGGAGAUCUUUGGGGAGCCCGCCAGCAUUGCUGAGCAGCCCCCCAACAUCGUGGUGGAGCUAUACGACCACGACACCUACGGGGCAGAUGAGUUUCUGGGACGCUGCAUUUGUCAACCGAGUCUGGAGCGGAUGCCCCGGCUGGCCUGGUUCCCGCUGACCCGGGGCAGCCAGGGGGCGGGCGAGCUGCUGGCCUCCUUUGAGCUCAUUCAGAGAGAGAAGCCGGCCAUCCACCACAUUCCUGGUUUUGAGGUGCAGGAUACGUCAAGGAUCCUGGAGGAGUCAGAAGACUCCGAUCUGCCCUACCCACCGCCUCAGAGGGAAGCCAACAUCUACAUGGUCCCACAGAACAUCAAGCCGGUUCUCCAGCGGACUGCCAUCGAGAUCCUGGCCUGGGGCCUCCGGAACAUGAAGAGCUAUCAGCUGGCCAGCGUCUCAUCCCCCAGCCUCGUGGUGGAGUGUGGGGGCCAGACAGUGCAGUCCUGUGUCAUCAGAAACCUCCGCAAGAACCCCAACUUCGAUGUCUGCACCCUUUUCAUGGAAGUGAUGCUGCCCCGGGAGGAGCUCUACUGCCCCCCCAUCGUGGUCAAGGUCAUUGAUAAUCGCCAGUUUGGCCGCAGGCCUGUGGUGGGCCAGUGUACCAUCCGCUCCCUGGAGAGCUUCCUGUGUGACCCCUACACGGCGGAGAGUCCAUCUCCACAGGGAGGCCCAGAUGACAUGAGCUUACUCAGUCCUGGGGAGGACGUGCUCAUCGACAUUGAUGACAAAGAGCUCCUCAUCCCUGUCCAGCUUGCAGACGGUCUGUCGGGUUCGGCCCCCAUUAACACGGCAUCUCCUCCAUCCAGUGCUCAUGAGGAGGAGUUCAUCGAUUGGUGGAGCAAGUUCUUUGCCUCCACUGGGGAGAGAGAAAAAUGUGGGUCCUACCUGGAGAAGGAAUUCGACACAUUGAAGGUCUACGAUACCCAGCUAGAGAGCGUGGAAGCCUUUGAGGGCCUGUCUGAUUUUUGCAACACCUUCAAGCUCUACCGUGGCAAGACUCAAGAAGAGACGGAAGAUCCAUCUGUCAUUGGAGAAUUUAAGGGCCUCUUCAAAAUGUAUCCUCUCCCAGAAGAUCCAGCCGUCCCUGUGCCCCCAAGACAGCUCCACCAGCCGGCUGCCCAGGGGCCCCAGGAGUGUCUGGUCCGCAUCUACAUUGUCCGGGCAUUUGGCCUGCAGCCCAAGGACACUAAUGGAAAGUGUGAUCCUUACGUCAAGAUUUCCAUAGGGAAGAAAUCGGUGAGCGACCAGGAUAACUACAUCCCCUGUACCCUGGAGCCUGUAUUUGGAAAGAUGUUCGAGCUGACCUGCACUCUGCCCCUGGAGAAGGACCUGAAGAUCGCCCUCUACGACUAUGACCUCAUGACCAAGGACGAGAAGAUCGGGGAGACCACCAUCGACCUGGAGAACAGGCUGCUGUCCAAGUUCGGGGCGCGCUGUGGACUCCCCCAGACCUACUGUGUCUCUGGACCGAACCAGUGGAGGGACCAGCUCCGCCCCUCCCAGCUCCUGCACCUCUUCUGCCAGCAGCACCGGCUCAAGGCCCCGGUGUACCACACAGACCGGGUGGUGUUUCAGGGUCAAGAAUACACCAUUGCGGACAAGGAGGCUAACAGAGUCCCUAACCCACACCUGGGCCCCGUGGAGGAGCGUCUGGCUUUACAUGUCCUUCAGCAGCAAGGCCUGGUCCCAGAGCACGUGGAGUCCCGACCUCUCUACAGCCCCCUGCAGCCCGACAUCGAGCAGGGAAAGCUGCAGAUGUGGAUUGACCUGUUUCCAAAGGCCCUGGGGCGGCCUGGACCUCCCUUCAACAUCACUCCACGGAGAGCCAGAAGGUUCCUCCUGCGCUGUAUUGUCUGGAACACCAGGGACGUGAUCCUGGACGACCUGAGCAUCACCGGGGAGAAGAUGAGCGACAUCUACGUGAAAGGUUGGAUGGUUGGCUUUGAGGAACACAAACAGAAGACAGAUGUGCACUAUCGGUCCCUGGGCGGUGAAGGCAACUUCAACUGGAGGUUCAUCUUCCCCUUUGACUACCUGCCAGCGGAGCAGGCCUGCACCGUCACUAAGAAGGAUGCUUUCUGGAGGCUGGAUAAGAUCGAGAGCAAGAUCCCCGCCCAGGUGGUGUUCCAGAUCUGGGACAACGACAAGUUCUCCUUCGACGACUUCCUGGGCUCGCUGCAGCUGGACCUCAACCGCAUGCCCAAGCCUGCCAAGUCGGCGGAGAAGUGCUCCCUGGACCAGCUGGACGAUACUUUCCAUCCGGAGUGGUUUGUGUCCCUGUUUGAACAGAAGACAGUGAAGGGCUGGUGGCCCUGUGUGGCGGAAGUGGGCGAGAAGCAGAUGCUGGCUGGCAAGCUGGAGAUGACCCUGGAGAUCGUAGCUGAGCGCGAGCAUGAGGAGCGGCCCGCUGGCCAGGGCCGGGAUGAACCCAACAUGAACCCCAAGCUCGAGGACCCGAGGCGCCCUGACACCUCCUUCCUGUGGUUCACCUCGCCGUACAAGACGAUGAAGUUCAUCCUGUGGCGGCGGUUCCGCUGCGCCAUCAUCCUCUUCAUCAUCCUCUUUGUCCUGCUACUGUUCUUGGGAAUCUUCGUCUACGCCUUCCCGAAUUAUGCUGCCAUGAAGCUGGUGAAGCCCUUCAGCUGAGGACACUCCUGCCCGUGAGGAGGACAGGUGUGGCUGACCUCCCGACCCGGGACUGGCCUGCCCUGCCCCUCUGCCCAGCUCAGCCGAGCUCUCCACACCACCAAGGCCUUACCAUCCUGCCACGGUGGGCAGACGGACAGAUGGACUGGCAUGUAUACCCAUCGCUGGUCACAGCAAGCACGAGUCUCGCUGCUUCAACAUUUCUCCUUCCCCACCCAGACAUUUUUUUUGAUCAGCUCCUAUUUCAGUAAAAAACAAACAAACAAGCAAAA